UUUCACAUGUAGACGGCGUUGCGGAUUGAAAUCAACUCGUGUUCCAUUCUUUUUUGUUAAGCGUGUUGGUUGCACUUGAUUUGACAUUUUUCAAUCAUGUUUGCAAAACAUUGUAUCAAGUGUGAAAAUUAAACGUCAAAUUGCCGGACGGCCUCAACAUGGCUGAGAGUAAUAUUCAUCUCGGUGGAAACUCCGGAGAACAGCAAAUGGCCAAACCGCUGCAUAUUCAACGCUUGGAAGCAGCCCUCGAUAUGCGUCCAUUUUUGUCGUACGCGAAGAAAAUGUUAUCGAAAUCUCUGACCAGCAGCGACGAUGAAGAUGAUGACGAUUCCAGUGACGAUUCCGAUUCGGAUUCUUCCAACGGAAAUAUCCGGAACUAUCGCAAGUUGGCGUACGGCUUCAAAGUGUCGAAGCAGGAGCGGAAUGAAGACAAGCGCUAUUUGUACAACUUGACAUCCGUUGGUCCGGAACGGUUGUGGAUUCAAAAUCUUCUGCUAUCCGAUACCGAGACAGAGAGUGAGAUCUCCGACGAGGAUGAUUAUAUAAAAGAAAUGUUAAAGAAUCAUCUGAGGGACAAAAAGUAUCGCGGGAAAUAUUACAGCACUAUGAAUAAUUCCCAAUACGGUUAUUAUGGAGCUGGGCUUUUGUCCAAUUAUGACAUGUUCAUCGAACAUCAGCGAUCAAUAGUUGGCGUCCGGAAGCGCAAAAUUAAACGAGAGAAGAAGAUGGGAAAAUUAAAACCUGGACGAAAAAAAGCUGUCAAAAACGAAACGGAGGAUCGCAUUUCUGAUCUGGGUGACAUCGACUGGGAGGAGCAGUUAGCAGCCUUGAAGAAUGACAAUGAUGACGACAUCGAUUCUAAGCCCACCAGCCCAGCGGGCACGAAAUCGAAACGUGGGCGAAAAUCGGCCGUCAAAACGCCGGAAAUGAUGGCGGCCAGACGACGCAAGAUGUGGCAGCUGAUGGCCAAGAAAGAGCUCGGUAAAGUGCAGCGCGCCAAGGUCAACAAUCACAAGGAUAUGGUCACCAACUGUCGGCGGGUUGCAUCCUUGUGUAUGAAAGUUUCUCGCCAGAAAGCGAUGCAAUCGCAAAAAAUAAUGAAAGAAACCAUUUGGAAGGCCAAACGGCUGACCCGUGAAAUGCAGGGGUACUGGAAGCGGUACGAUCGAGUGGAACGGGAAACAAGGCGGCGUAUGGAAAAGGAAGCUGAAGAGCAACGCAAGAUCGACGUCGAAAUGGUUGAGGCGAAACGUCAGCAGCGCAAACUUAACUUCCUCAUAACCCAAACGGAACUGUAUGCCCAUUUCAUGUCAAAAAAAUUGGGAAAUGUGUCGAAAGAGGAGCAAUUGAAAAUCCUAUCCCAGCUUGAUGAAGAGUCUAACCCCAGACUGUCAGCCAUUGAUAAUUAUGAUAGCGAGUUAAUGAAGCAUCAAGCCCACAAGAACGCAGUGGAUGCCUUCAACAGUGAGCGAGCUCGUAAGCAACAAUUUGAUAAUGCUGUCCAACAGCACGUCCCAGUUAAUCAGAAAGUAGAUGAAUCAGGCAUGAUAAUUGAUUUGCCGCAACCGGGAAUAUUCCGAGGGUGUUUAAAAGGUUAUCAACUGAAGGGUAUGACAUGGUUAGCAAAUCUCUACGAUCAAGGAAUCAGUGGAAUUCUUGCUGAUGAGAUGGGCCUUGGAAAAACAGUUCAGUCCAUAGCAUUUCUGUGUCACAUUGCGGAAAGCUAUGGAGUGUGGGGUCCGUUUCUUAUAAUUUCCCCAGCCUCAACACUGCACAAUUGGCAACAGGAAAUGGAGCGAUUUGUUCCGGAUUUCAACGUGGUUCCAUAUUGGGGUUCACCGAAUGAACGUAAAAUUCUCAGACAGUUCUGGGAACAGAAGGAUCUUCAUACGAAAGAUGCCAGUUUUCACGUGGUUAUCACCAGCUACCAAUUGGUUGUCUCGGACUACAAAUAUUUCAAUCGAAUCAAGUGGCAAUACAUGGUCCUUGACGAAGCGCAAGCGAUCAAAAGUUCUAGCUCGGUGCGUUGGAAGUUAUUGCUAGGAUUUAACUGCAGAAAUCGAUUGCUUCUGAGUGGUACCCCGAUUCAAAAUAGUAUGGCUGAGCUGUGGGCCCUGCUGCACUUCAUCAUGCCAACGUUGUUCGAUUCACACGAGGAGUUCAACGAAUGGUUCUCAAAGGAUAUCGAAAGUCACGCUGAGAACAAGACGGGUAUUGAUGAAAAGCAAAUCUCCCGCCUUCAUAUGAUACUUAAACCGUUCAUGUUGAGACGUAUCAAGAAAGAUGUUGAGAACGAGCUCUCUGACAAGAUAGAAAUAAUGGUCUACUGUCCGUUGACGACGCGCCAGAAGUUGCUUUACGUAGCGCUGAAGAAGAAAAUUCGGAUCGAGGACCUGCUUCACCUAACUGGGCACGGCACGGGCGAUGGACAUUCGUUCGAUAAAAAUUUCACGUCCAACCUGAUGAACUUGGUGAUGCAGUUUCGAAAGGUGUGCAAUCAUCCGGAAUUGUUCGAGCGUCGUGACGCCAAAAGUCCUUUUUUCUGCCGAACUGUGGAAUAUCCUAUUGCGCGAUUGGUUUUCAACGAGGCACUUUUGGGCAGAUCAUUACCGAGCAAAAGACAUCUUUUGUUCAACCGGUUUCAUGUGUUCAAAGGAGAAAAUGUCCAUCGAACUCUAUUCCAUAAUCGCGAUGGAUCAAAUGUAAAUUACAGCUGCAUAGAAGAUCUGGGCGUGAACAAUGCUUUUUCAUUCUCCAGGCUUUGCUCGCUGUCGCCGCUGGAAGUAGAGCGCUUGACCCUAGAAGGGCUGAUCUAUUUUGUCCAACAUAUACAACGAUGGCACCAACAUCUCAAACUAUUGCAUUAUCGAUGGGUCUGGUGGGAACAACAUUCCUCCAUCGAUUGCAUGUUGUUGGAACCAUCCUUUGAACGGUGGACGUCAAAAUUAUUUGCACCGUUUUACAAUGUGAUGACAGAUCUGAUUUUCACCGGUACCAGCCAAAACAGCAUCUACACCCACACUGAGCAUCGGAUAUGUCCCAUGCAGGAAACCAUGGAACAUCGUAUUCUGCGGAGUCGCAAAGCGCUGAAGCUAUCAGACAGCGAGCAGCAAAUGCUGAAGGCAAGUGCAAGUAUGAACUUCGAGGAUAUCGCUGAUAUUCCAUCAGGUUCGGCUAAAGAUAAACAUUCCGGAACAAAAGCAUCGGUGGCAAAUAUCCCUGUGCUUCCCGAGUUUAUCCACAGGUUACAGGCUGAGCAAACGUUAAAAUGCAAACAAACGGAAAUGCCCAAAUUUCUGUACAGUUUAAUCCCACGUGUUGUUAGCUCUGGGAGGAAAUAUUAUUGUGAAAGCCGCGAAGCUGCUUGGACUGCCAUCCGUCAUGAGCAUUGCGAAUCUGUUGAUGGGUUCCGUUUGGUCAAUCAAUCUCUCAGUUUGUCGUAUCCCAGCGCAUUUGGAUGGUCGAACAUCGUUAUUCCCGACAAGCAAACACUGGUUUCCGACGCAGGAAAGUUAGCGGUGUUAGAUUCUCUGCUUACACGCUUGAAAGCCCAGGGUCAUCGAGUGUUGAUUUAUUCACAAAUGACCAAAAUGAUUGAUUUGUUGGAGGAAUAUAUGUGGCAUAGGAAACAUCGUUAUAUGCGGUUAGAUGGUUCUAGUAAAAUAUCGGCUCGAAGAGACAUGGUUGCCGAUUUCCAAAAUCGUGCUGAUAUAUUUGUCUUCCUACUGUCAACUAGAGCUGGGGGGCUUGGUAUCAAUUUGACUGCUGCUGAUACGGUUAUUUUUUACGACUCAGAUUGGAACCCCACUGUCGAUCAACAAGCUAUGGAUCGCGCUCAUCGUCUUGGUCAAACGAAACAGGUUACUGUUUAUCGUUUGAUCUGCAAAGGGACGAUCGAAGAACGGAUAUUGCAGCGAGCACGAGAGAAAAGCGAGAUUCAACGAAUGGUCAUAAGUGGUGGAAAUUUUAAACCUGAUACUCUGAAACCAAAAGAAGUGGUUUCUCUUUUAUUGGAUGACGAGGAGAUCGAGUUAAAAUACCGACAAAAGACUGAGGAAAGGAAGUCCACGGCCGAAGAUCUUCCAAAGAACGAUAAGGAGCGGGAUCGAAAGCGAAAGCAGAAUGCCGCAUCUAGCAAGUUGGUUGAUCCGAAGAAGAAUAGAACGGAUGGGUUACUCGAUGCGUACGAUUUAGCCUUCUUGGAAUCUGGGGCGCCUAGCCCCGCCAUGAGUGAACAGUCGAACACAAGUGGCCACAUCAAAUUGUCGGAUGUCGGAAACCGCGGUGAUGAUUCUAGCAACGAUGAGCUUAUGGCUGAUUGUGACAGCACCAGUGGAUCUCACACCCCAGUGUUAUUUUCAACAUAUGAUGGACUUGGCAAGCAACGUAAGCGCCAUCAUCCACGUGGAACCAAACGCGGAAGACCACGUGGGUCUCGGCGCGGUGGUGGAACGGGAAGUGCCGGGCGGGUUGAGUCUAUCGGAGCAGCAACUGACAUUCCUUCUACAUCUGAUGCUCCGAUAAUACAGCAACUGCCGCAAGUGAAACGGGGCCCUGGUCGACCCCGACUGAAACCCAAUGGACCCAGCCAUCAAGGGUAUCGUAGCCACAGUAGAAGUGCUCCACGACCACGCAAACCAGUGGGUCCGCUGGUUGUACCCCUGGGCCAAAGCCCGGCGGCUACUCCGAUAGUUCAAAGCCCUGUUCUCAGUCCCUCGCAAAGCCCCGCGCGAGAUAGAAUGUCAAAUGUGCUAACAGUAGACGAGGAUAACUUUUAAUUUACCUAUGGUUUAAUGAAAAGAAAUGAUUUCUUUUUUAUUAUUGUGACUACAUUACAUAAUUAACAUACCAAUUAAAUACAUUGCAGUUUUAGCAUGUUGAA